AUGUCAACCUGCUGUGAGAUAAAGUUCGACGAAAACCCCUACGGUGUGUACUUUCCCGGUCAAACACUGUCCGGCAGUGUAGAGCUGUGCCUAGCGGAUGUUACGAAAGUGAAAGGUGUUGCCCUACGAAUCAACGGCGUUGCCGAGGUGCGAUGGUCCGAGACACAUGGAGUCGGUAAAAAUCGACGGACCGUCGUCUACCGUGGUCGGCAGGAUUACAUGCAUUCCACCACCUAUCUAGCCGGUUCCAAAGAGGGAAACUCCAUUGAACUGCUGCCGGGAAUCCACACGUAUCGUUUUUCCUGCGCUCUACCACCCAAUCUAGUGACUUCUCUUGAGGCAGAAUACGGUCACGUACGGUACACUGUGAAAGUGAUCCUGGAGCGAUCGUGGAAAUUGGACCAAUCCUAUAAGGUAGCAUUCACGGUUCUACGGCAUGUUGACCUAAACCACGAGUACGACAUUCGUCUCCCGCUGAAAAUGGACAAAGCCAAAACGUUCCUCUGUGGACCAUGCAGUUCGGAACCGAUGCACAUAUCGGCACAAGUUCCGAUCACUGGAUUCGUGCCCGGCCAAACGAUUGUGGUGAAAAUCGAUGUUGACAAUCAAAGUAGAAAGGACCUCGACGGGAUUGCCACCAUGCUGGUGCGAACGGUAUCAUUUAUCAGUCAAACGCCGCAUUCGAAAAUACGAGAAGUUCCAUCGGUCAUAGCCAAAUGCCGAUGCGCUGGAGUAAAACGACGAAGUCAGGGAUCGUACGAGCAGCAUCUGCUCAUACCUGCCAUGCCGCCAACCAGUAGAACAUGUCAGGUCCUGACCGUCAACUACAGUGUCGUAGUCGAAGGAAAAAUAUCGGGUCCUGCCAUCAACCCAAGGAUACAGAUUCCCAUCACGCUGGGAACGAUUCCACUUUCCAUGAGUGCCAUUCCUAGAUUCGGUGAUACGGUGAACGUUAUUUCGCAACAACCAAUGGCUGGCAGUUCCACAGAGGACACAGUGACUAAUCCUGCUUUUCCGUCCGAAUUACCACCACCCUCGUACGAGGAAGUGAUUAAUGCUGACCGAACCAACAUCCAGGACGAAGAUGAAACCAACGAAAUAGGUUGGCGUGACUUUAGCCCUCGCUAUAUGGUCUAUAGGUUCAAUAGCGAUGUGGAUGCGACGCAUCCACCGGAAACGCCGCCCAAUGCAACCGAUGAUAUGAAGAAGCUCGAGGAAAAGUCUCUGCCGGAGAAAUGA